AUGUAUUUCUUAAAUGAAAUAUUUCUCACAGAAGAACCUAGUACCCAAGCACCAGGUUCUGGGUGCGUUGCUCCUGGGACAAGCUAUGACUACGAUGAAGUUCUUCACAAGUCCCUGCUGUUUUACGAAGCUCAGCGAUCUGGAGAUCUGCCAGAUUCACAGCGUGUCACCUGGCGCAAGGACUCUGCACUGGGCGACGCCAAGGACAGUGUGACCAACGUUCAGCUUGACCUAACAGGAGGAUAUUACGAUGCUGGCGAUUAUGGCAAAUUUGGAUAUCCAAUGUCAAGUACGACAACAGUGUUAGCAUGGGGAGCCAUCGACUAUGGCACUGCCUAUAUACAAGCAGGGGAAAUGUCGUACAUGAAGGAGGCUGUCAAGUGGGCUACAGACUAUUUCCUUAAGGCACACGUGAGUCCUACAGUGUUGUACGGCCAAGUAGGCAAUGGUCAGCUUGACCAUUCUUUUUGGGGCCGACCGGAGGAUAUGACUAUGGACAGACCAGCCUACAAGAUCACUGAGGCCAAUCCCGGUUCUGACCUGGUGGCCGAGACUUCUGCUGCACUGGCUGCCGCCUCCAUUCUCUUCCAAGAUUCCAACCCUGCAUAUUCUGCCGAAUGUCUUCAACACUCUCGGGAGCUUUACGACUUUGCCGAUAAUUUCAGAGGAGACUACGAUGCUACGAUCCCUGGCGUUUCUGAAUUCUAUGCCAGCUACGGCUACUACGAUGAAUUAGCAUGGGCUGCUGCCUGGCUUUACCGUGCCACAGGUGAGACGUCCUAUUUAACGGCAGCCAAGAAUCAUUACCAGCAACUUUCAACAAGUCCUUGGGAAUUUUCCUGGGCUGAUAAGACUCCUGGAGUGCAGGUAUUACUGGCACAACUUGCUGAUGAAGCGGAUAAAGCCACAUAUGUGAAUCACGUGACCAGCUUCUGCAACGACAUCGUAGACAAAAGGCAAAGAACACCCAAAGGAUUGCUGUACUUGAGUCAGUGGGGCUCCCUCCGAUAUGCAGCUAAUGCAGCCUUUAUCUGCCUAAGAGCUGCAGACUUGGGCAUCAACCCUGAGAAAUAUCGAGAGUUUGGCAAGCAACAGAUCCACUACAUGUUAGGCGACACUGGACGAAGUUACGUGGUAGGUUUUGGUGUGAACCCUCCGCUGCGGCCACAUCACGCCAGCAGCUCUUGUAAACCUGCUCCAGCAACCUGUGACUGGACAGACUUCCAUUCACCGGAUCCUAACCCUCACGUGCUGUAUGGAGCCUUGGUGGGAGGCCCUGAUGCCAACGACUGGUACGAGGACAAACGUGACGACUAUAUCAAGAAUGAAGUUGCCACAGACUACAAUGCAGGCUUCCAAUCUGCUGUAGCUGCUCUUCGCUACCUUACUGAUUGUGGUGGAGUGACAGCUGCACCAACAACAGCAGCCCCCACUCCAGCACCUACCCCUGCACCCACCUCAGCUCCCACGCCAGCACCCACUCCCGCACCCACCACACCGAACACAAGUGGAGGAAGUGGCAGCUGCUUCAGAUUUGCCAAAGCCAACAGUUGGGACGGUAACUAUGAUGGAACAUUGUACGUGACUAUCCCCAGUGAUGUUGGGUCAUGGAAUAUCGACCUUCAGUUAUCAUCAUCUGUGGACAAUUUCCAGGCGUGGACCGCGAACGUGGCACCCACCUCUGGCACCUCCAUCACGCUCACCAACAAAAACUACAAUGGAGUCCAAAGUGCUGGCACAACGCUUGAGUUAGGCAUCUUGGUGACCUUCUCGGGAACUACUCCAGCCAUCACGGCCGCGACUUUCAAUGGUGAAUCCCUUGCAAGUUGUGGCGCUACCUCGGCUCCUUCCACCCCAGCUCCAACUCCGGCUCCAACUCCAGCUCCGACUCCAGAGACUACUGUGAACCCUGGAACUGCAGAACCUAGUACCCAAGCACCAGGUUCUGGGUGCAUCGCCCCUGGGACAAGCUAUGACUACGAUGAAGUUCUUCACAAGUCCCUGCUGUUUUACGAAGCUCAGCGAUCUGGAGAUCUGCCAGAUUCACAGCGUGUCACCUGGCGCAAGGACUCUGCACUGGGCGACGCCAAGGACAGUGUGACCAACGUUCAGCUUGACCUAACAGGAGGAUAUUACGAUGCUGGCGAUUAUGGCAAAUUUGGAUAUCCAAUGUCAAGUACGACAACAGUGUUAGCAUGGGGAGCCAUCGACUAUGGCACUGCCUAUAUACAAGCAGGGGAAAUGUCGUACAUGAAGGAGGCUGUCAAGUGGGCUACAGACUAUUUCCUUAAGGCACACGUGAGUCCUACAGUGUUGUACGGCCAAGUAGGCAAUGGUCAGCUUGACCAUUCUUUUUGGGGCCGACCGGAGGAUAUGACUAUGGACAGACCAGCCUACAAGAUCACUGAGGCCAAUCCCGGUUCUGACCUGGUGGCCGAGACUUCUGCUGCACUGGCUGCCGCCUCCAUUCUCUUCCAAGAUUCCAACCCUGCAUAUUCUGCCGAAUGUCUUCAACACUCUCGGGAGCUUUACGACUUUGCCGAUAAUUUCAGAGGAGACUACGAUGCUACGAUCCCUGGCGUUUCUGAAUUCUAUGCCAGCUACGGCUACUACGACGAAUUAGCAUGGGCUGCUGCCUGGCUUUACCGUGCCACAGGUGAGACGUCCUAUUUAACGGCAGCCAAGAAUCAUUACCAGCAACUUUCAACAAGUCCUUGGGAAUUUUCCUGGGCUGAUAAGACUCCUGGAGUGCAAUUAUUACUGGCACAACUUGCUGAUGAAGCGGAUAAAGCCACAUAUGUGAAUCACGUGACCAGCUUCUGCAACGACAUCGUAGACAAAAGGCAAAGAACACCCAAAGGAUUGCUGUACUUGAGUCAGUGGGGCUCCCUCCGAUAUGCAGCUAAUGCAGCCUUUAUCUGCCUAAGAGCUGCAGACUUGGGCAUCAACCCUGAGAAAUAUCGAGAGUUUGGCAAGCAACAGAUCCACUACAUGUUAGGCGACACUGGACGAAGUUACGUGGUAGGUUUUGGUGUGAACCCUCCGCUGCGGCCACAUCACGCCAGCAGCUCUUGUAAACCUGCUCCAGCAACCUGUGACUGGACAGACUUCCAUUCACCGGAUCCUAACCCUCACGUGCUGUAUGGAGCCUUGGUGGGAGGCCCUGAUGCCAACGACUGGUACGAGGACAAACGUGACGACUAUAUCAAGAAUGAAGUUGCCACAGACUACAAUGCAGGCUUCCAAUCUGCUGUAGCUGCUCUUCGCUACCUUACUGAUUGUGGUGGAGUGACAGCUGCACCAACAACAGCAGCCCCCACUCCAGCACCUACCCCUGCACCCACCUCAGCUCCCACGCCAGCACCCACUCCCGCACCCACCACACCGAACACAAGUGGAGGAAGUGGCAGCUGCUUCAGAUUUGCCAAAGCCAACAGUUGGGACGGUAACUAUGAUGGAACAUUGUACGUGACUAUCCCCAGUGAUGUUGGGUCAUGGAAUAUCGACCUUCAGUUAUCAUCAUCUGUGGACAAUUUCCAGGCGUGGACCGCGAACGUGGCACCCACCUCUGGCACCUCCAUCACGCUCACCAACAAAAACUACAAUGGAGUCCAAAGUGCUGGCACAACGCUUGAGUUAGGCAUCUUGGUGACCUUCUCGGGAACUACUCCAGCCAUCACGGCCGCGACUUUCAAUGGUGAAUCCCUUGCAAGUUGUGGCGCUACCUCGGCUCCUUCCACCCCAGCUCCAACUCCGGCUCCAACUCCAGCUCCGACUCCAGAGACUACUGUGAACCCUGGAACUGCAGAACCUAGUACCCAAGCACCAGGUUCUGGGUGCAUCGCCCCUGGGACAAGCUAUGACUACGAUGAAGUUCUUCACAAGUCCCUGCUGUUUUACGAAGCUCAGCGAUCUGGAGAUCUGCCAGAUUCACAGCGUGUCACCUGGCGCAAGGACUCUGCACUGGGCGACGCCAAGGACAGUGUGACCAACGUUCAGCUUGACCUAACAGGAGGAUAUUACGAUGCUGGCGAUUAUGGCAAAUUUGGAUAUCCAAUGUCAAGUACGACAACAGUGUUAGCAUGGGGAGCCAUCGACUAUGGCACUGCCUAUAUACAAGCAGGGGAAAUGUCGUACAUGAAGGAGGCUGUCAAGUGGGCUACAGACUAUUUCCUUAAGGCACACGUGAGUCCUACAGUGUUGUACGGCCAAGUAGGCAAUGGUCAGCUUGACCAUUCUUUUUGGGGCCGACCGGAGGAUAUGACUAUGGACAGACCAGCCUACAAGAUCACUGAGGCCAAUCCCGGUUCUGACCUGGUGGCCGAGACUUCUGCUGCACUGGCUGCCGCCUCCAUUCUCUUCCAAGAUUCCAACCCUGCAUAUUCUGCCGAAUGUCUUCAACACUCUCGGGAGCUUUACGACUUUGCCGAUAAUUUCAGAGGAGACUACGAUGCUACGAUCCCUGGCGUUUCUGAAUUCUAUGCCAGCUACGGCUACUACGAUGAAUUAGCAUGGGCUGCUGCCUGGCUUUACCGUGCCACAGGUGAGACGUCCUAUUUAACGGCAGCCAAGAAUCAUUACCAGCAACUUUCAACAAGUCCUUGGGAAUUUUCCUGGGCUGAUAAGACUCCUGGAGUGCAGGUAUUACUGGCACAACUUGCUGAUGAAGCGGAUAAAGCCACAUAUGUGAAUCACGUGACCAGCUUCUGCAACGACAUCGUAGACAAAAGGCAAAGAACACCCAAAGGAUUGCUGUACUUGAGUCAGUGGGGCUCCCUCCGAUAUGCAGCUAAUGCAGCCUUUAUCUGCCUAAGAGCUGCAGACUUGGGCAUCAACCCUGAGAAAUAUCGAGAGUUUGGCAAGCAACAGAUCCACUACAUGUUAGGCGACACUGGACGAAGUUACGUGGUAGGUUUUGGUGUGAACCCUCCGCUGCGGCCACAUCACGCCAGCAGCUCUUGUAAACCUGCUCCAGCAACCUGUGACUGGACAGACUUCCAUUCACCGGAUCCUAACCCUCACGUGCUGUAUGGAGCCUUGGUGGGAGGCCCUGAUGCCAACGACUGGUACGAGGACAAACGUGACGACUAUAUCAAGAAUGAAGUUGCCACAGACUACAAUGCAGGCUUCCAAUCUGCUGUAGCUGCUCUUCGCUACCUUACUGAUUGUGGUGGAGUGACAGCUGCACCAACAACAGCAGCCCCCACUCCAGCACCUACCCCUGCACCCACCUCAGCUCCCACGCCAGCACCCACUCCCGCACCCACCACACCGAACACAAGUGGAGGAAGUGGCAGCUGCUUCAGAUUUGCCAAAGCCAACAGUUGGGACGGUAACUAUGAUGGAACAUUGUACGUGACUAUCCCCAGUGAUGUUGGGUCAUGGAAUAUCGACCUUCAGUUAUCAUCAUCUGUGGACAAUUUCCAGGCGUGGACCGCGAACGUGGCACCCACCUCUGGCACCUCCAUCACGCUCACCAACAAAAACUACAAUGGAGUCCAAAGUGCUGGCACAACGCUUGAGUUAGGCAUCUUGGUGACCUUCUCGGGAACUACUCCAGCCAUCACGGCCGCGACUUUCAAUGGUGAAUCCCUUGCAAGUUGUGGCGCUACCUCGGCUCCUUCCACCCCAGCUCCAACUCCGGCUCCAACUCCAGCUCCGACUCCAGAGACUACUGUGAACCCUGGAACUGCAGAACCUAGUACCCAAGCACCAGGUUCUGGGUGCAUCGCCCCUGGGACAAGCUAUGACUACGAUGAAGUUCUUCACAAGUCCCUGCUGUUUUACGAAGCUCAGCGAUCUGGAGAUCUGCCAGAUUCACAGCGUGUCACCUGGCGCAAGGACUCUGCACUGGGCGACGCCAAGGACAGUGUGACCAACGUUCAGCUUGACCUAACAGGAGGAUAUUACGAUGCUGGCGAUUAUGGCAAAUUUGGAUAUCCAAUGUCAAGUACGACAACAGUGUUAGCAUGGGGAGCCAUCGACUAUGGCACUGCCUAUAUACAAGCAGGGGAAAUGUCGUACAUGAAGGAGGCUGUCAAGUGGGCUACAGACUAUUUCCUUAAGGCACACGUGAGUCCUACAGUGUUGUACGGCCAAGUAGGCAAUGGUCAGCUUGACCAUUCUUUUUGGGGCCGACCGGAGGAUAUGACUAUGGACAGACCAGCCUACAAGAUCACUGAGGCCAAUCCCGGUUCUGACCUGGUGGCCGAGACUUCUGCUGCACUGGCUGCCGCCUCCAUUCUCUUCAAAGAUUCCAACCCUGCAUAUUCUGCCGAAUGUCUUCAACACUCUCGGGAGCUUUACGACUUUGCCGAUAAUUUCAGAGGAGACUACGAUGCUACGAUCCCUGGCGUUUCUGAAUUCUAUGCCAGCUACGGCUACUACGACGAAUUAGCAUGGGCUGCUGCCUGGCUUUACCGUGCCACAGGUGAGACGUCCUAUUUAACGGCAGCCAAGAAUCAUUACCAGCAACUUUCAACAAGUCCUUGGGAAUUUUCCUGGGCUGAUAAGACUCCUGGAGUGCAGGUAUUACUGGCACAACUUGCUGAUGAAGCGGAUAAAGCCACAUAUGUGAAUCACGUGACCAGCUUCUGCAACGACAUCGUAGACAAAAGGCAAAGAACACCCAAAGGAUUGCUGUACUUGAGUCAGUGGGGCUCCCUCCGAUAUGCAGCUAAUGCAGCCUUUAUCUGCCUAAGAGCUGCAGACUUGGGCAUCAACCCUGAGAAAUAUCGAGAGUUUGGCAAGCAACAGAUCCACUACAUGUUAGGCGACACUGGACGAAGUUACGUGGUUGGUUUUGGUGUGAACCCUCCGCUGCGGCCACAUCACGCCAGCAGCUCUUGUAAACCUGCUCCAGCAACCUGUGACUGGACAGACUUCCAUUCACCGGAUCCUAACCCUCACGUGCUGUAUGGAGCCUUGGUGGGAGGCCCUGAUGCCAACGACUGGUACGAGGACAAACGUGACGACUAUAUCAAGAAUGAAGUUGCCACAGACUACAAUGCAGGCUUCCAAUCUGCUGUAGCUGCUCUCCGCUCUCUUGCAGACUGUAAUGCAAAACACUGAAAUGAAGGCAUGCCUAUCAUUUGCUAACACUUUGGCUACACUCCCCUAGGCGAGGCACACCUGGACAGGCCUCAAAACUUAAUCAGCCAGUAAUAAAGCCAGAUGAAAAUCAUUGCUUCAGGAUUCCCUAGUUUUCAGCUUAUGUCAGAAAAGUAAAAAUUCUAGACCUGAGGCUGGUUCCAGAGUUAGAUAGGGCAAGUGAAACCACGGCUUCAAAUCAUAGAUCAGUAUAAGGAUCAAAUGUUCAAUAAUCAAAAACUUUUGUAUAUCUCUAUCCAAAUAUAAGUGUAUGAUAAAGUAAAUAAAAAAUCUGAAUUGCACAACAACAAUUACAUUGUAUUUGAAAAUUAGAUAAUUCUGCCAAAAUUUAUAUUAAAAAUUUAAAUAUAA